UGCCCAAUAAGAGGGUCCACUCACUCGAGGAUACUUUCCCGAUUCCAGGGCAACCAUCUAAAACGACUUUGUCUGUCCUCUCCUGUCGUUCCUGACAGUCCCAACAUGCAGUGCCCGCGCUGUAGAGACCAGUACUCCACCGAAGGAGACCUACAGCCCCGUAUAAUCAUUGUUUGUGGUCACAGCUACUGCAAAAGGUGUAUCGGAGUACUGAGAAAAGACGACUCUGGCGUUAUAACCUGCCCCCAGUGUGGUCAGAUGAGCAAGGAGCCUGAUGCCCCUAAUGUGGCCCUCAUGAGUUACAUAGCUCUACACACACAGCAGUCCAAUCCUGAUAAAAUUAGGGACGUCGCUGCCCCUAGACAAGCCGUUGUCUGUCAGCAUUGUAACAGCAAGGAGGUUCGGUUCGUAUGCUACCAGUGCCUCCCGGCCGGAUUCAGAUUCUGCCAGCAUUGCUGUGAGACGGAGCACAGUCGCUCCUUUGGUCCGCUCCGUCACCAUAAACCCGUACCAAUUGACCAGGUUAAAUAUGGCGCCGUUCUUCCCGAUUGCCCAAUUCACCCCAGCCGAGCCUGCGAGUGGUUCUCGUUUGAUGAGAAUCGCUUCGCAUGUGAGGACUGUAUGAAUGACCCUAGCAUCUCGACUGAGAAUUACGUUGACAUUGAAAGAGCUGUAUCUGAUGUACGCGAUGCCAUACCCUCUCUCAUGACUAAGGUUUCGACGAUGCGUGACCGUUUACAAGUAACACAGAAUAAACUUGGAGACCAGCUCGGUAAGAUGGAUCAGGUGAAGCUCUCGGCUAUUGAGAAGGUUAGGAUUGAUUUUCAGGACUUUGAGAUGGCGUUGAGGAAGAGACUGGCUUAUGUUGAAUCUCAAGUUGAGGAAACUGCAACCAAUCAAAAGCAUCUAGUGAAUGAGCAGAUAGAGAGAGUUGAAGUGGCACUAGGCUCUCUCACCACCUCGCUGAUACAAGCUAACCUACUCAAUCAGAUGUAUGACUACAGCCUAUUGCAGAGGGCAUCAAGCGUGUUGGAUCAGAUGAAAAAACAAGUAGUUGAACUACAAGAUGACGAUCUCAACGAACCCAUGGUGCCCUCAGAGAUAUCAAUAUACGUCACACCAGAGUUUCAGACAGCCAUCGACGGUCUGGGGCUAGUGGGUGGAGGCCCUUCACCGAAAUCCUUCAAGUGCGUGAUGGACGGCGGCAUCAUACAGUUGACGUGGGAGAAACCAGACCAGCAUAUAUUAGAGUAUGAGAUUAUCUGUGAUCUCGUGUUCUCUGAGGCAGAGAGCACCAGCCCUGCUAUGCGUGACCAUUCGUUCCCUCGUCACUACGUCACGGAAGGUCACGACCUCUCAAAGAGGAUAGACAACCUUCUCCCUGGGAUGAAGUACCGGUUCCGUAUACGGAGCCGGAACAAGAGCGGAUGGGGCAUGUGGAGUCCGUCUAUACAUGGCAUCACACCUUCUUUCCCACUUGAGAUAAAUUUCAGUGGCAAGAUAGUAAAGAUCCCCCUUCCUCAUGAUGGAUUGUAUCGAAUAACAGCCUGCGGAGCUAAAGCAGCCGAUGGAGAGAAGAAGAAAGGAGGUAACGGGGCCAUCAUCGAGGCAACCUUCAAACUAGACAAGAAUGAAGUGCUUGAAAUUCUAGUCGCUGGCAUGUCGACAGUUAAAGGUCCCUGCAGUGGAGGAGGCGGAGGGACUUUUGUGGGCCUCAACGGCCGUCAGGAUCUAUUGAUAGCAGCUGGUGGAGGAGGAGGCACUAGAGGGUAUGAGGAUGAUGAUCAGGACGGUAAAGAUGCUAGUAUAAACCCCAACGGGCUAGGAGGCCAGGGAGAGAAAUGGGCCUCUGGUGGCAUGGGUGGCAAAGCCGGACGAGACGCAUUAUGGGAGGGACCCUGCUGGGGAUAUGGAGGAGCCGGCCAGUUUGAGAACUCAACGUCAUCGCAGUCGUUUGUCUCCGGAGGCAAGGCUGGAGAGGGAGGAGGGUUUGGAGGUGGUGGAGCUAUUGGAGCUUACGGAGGAGGAGGGGGAGGAGGGUACUCUGGGGGAGGAGGAGGAAGAGGAGGAGGAGGAGGAGGGAGUUAUGUCCGCAGUAAUGGACUUGACGUAGUGAAGAAUAUCGGGAACACAGGACACGGGAGCGUCAUUAUUCAAGUCGUCAAGUCUCCAGCUGAGACUUAAUUAUUUCACGUUGCUGUGGCAACUCUUAUUAAUUUUGCAUGGUUCUGACAUGUUGUGCAUAAUUAUAAUUAUUAUUAUUCAGUAAUGAUUUGGGAGGAUUAUUAGUUUAAUUAAUUAAUUAUGAUUACAA